UAAUUGCACCCUCUCUUCUCUUCAGCACACUCCCACUGUGGGAGUCCCACAAAACCCCCCCUCCUCUCCUCCUCUGGCUCCCUCUGCCACCCAGCCACCACAGGAUGGCAUCCUCCUCCUCACCUCCACUCCUCCUCCUCGUCUCCCUCCUCGCCGCCGUCGCCGCCGCCUUCCUCGCGGCGCAAGCUCUCGCCCAACACCAACCCCAAGGAAAUGAUACGGCGGCGGCGGGGGAGGGGUGGAGGCCGAGGCUGAGGAAGACGUACGUGGAGGGCGGCGCCGCCGGGAUGGUGCCGCGGCGGCGGAGGCUGGUGGGGAGGUUCCAGAUAUGCGCGGUGUGCACCUGCUGCGGGGGCCCGCACGGGGUGUGCAUCCCGGCGCCCUGCUGCUACGCCAUCAACUGCAACAUCCCGAACCGCCCCUUCGGCGUCUGCUCCUUCACCCCGCGAACCUGCAACUGCCUCAACUGCCACCUCUAGCAGAUAUGCAGCACAGCACAUCAGCCAAGAAAAUCAGAGCUAGUAUGGUUCUUCUCAGAGACAAUGGGUGACUUGGUGGAUUUCUGUUCAGUACCAGAGAAAAAAAUUGUUUUCCUGAUUUGGUUUUGUUGUGAUUGAAUCUAGCAUGUGUACAACUGAUGUUUAAUAUGUGGUGAUGCGUGGAAUGCGGCAGCGAUAGAUACAGGGUACAUGCAGCACGACUCUUAUCAAUCAUAAUAUCAUCUACAAUGUCAAGUUCUGUUUCCUUUCUUGUUAUGCUUUUAAUUGAUGCAAUCUAGCAUUCAUUCUGUUGCACAGUUUUUGGUUUGCAGUUCUAAUGCCUUGUUGAUGUGAUGUCCACCUGAUUCUAUUAGCACAAUUAACUGAAUAUUA